AUGGGAAGGCGCGCUACAAGGAGUGGCUCCCAGUCGUCGACCACCGCCGCAUCCACCACCACUGCCUCUACUGCCUCUACCGCCGCCACAAGCAGCUCCUCGCCGCAUCCGCCAGCAACACCACCGUCGGCUACCAAGUCAGUCUCCAAGUCGGCCUCCAAGUCGGCCGCCGCCAAGUCGGCAAAGUCGGCAAAGUCGGCCAAGGCGGCCAAGUCGGCAAAGUCGGCAAAGUCGGCCACGCCAAAGUCAGCGGCGGGCAAGCGGGCGAAACGACCGCGCGAUCGGGUGGGGACGGGAAGGUGCCGAUGCGCAAAGUCCAAAUGCCUCCAGCUCUACUGCGAGUGCUUCUCAUCGUCGCGGAUGUGCUCGGAUGAGUGCGAGUGUCGCAACUGCUGCAACACCGAGGCCGAGGACCACGCCCCGCUGCUUGCCAACGCACGCCGCCUCGUCCGCCGCCGCAAUCCCACCGCCUUUGGUGCGUCGCCGACCUCUGGAGGGGGCGCAGCGGCGGAAACGCCGAGCGGCGCUUCCAUGACACCGCCGUCGCGGAAGCGCGGGAGAUCAACCGCACCCACUAGCGCAUCACCGGCGUCCAAGUGCCUCAAGCUCUACUGCGACUGCUUUGCCGCCGGCGUCUACUGCUCGUCCUGCGCGUGCGUCAACUGCCAGAACACCCGCGAGCAUGAAGACGCCCGCGCCAAGGCCGUCCAGAUCGUGCUGGAGCGCGACCCCAACGCGUUCCGGCCCAAGUUUGUGCCCACCUCGGUCUCGACCUCGGCAGGCAAGCAUAGCAGCGGCCUCGGCUCGGGCCGCCGCCGCCCAUCCAAAAUAGCCCGUCUGCUCGUCCCAUCAUCGCCGUCGCCUGCUCCGGAGGAUGGCUCAGACACCCUCGCUGCCAUCCAGCCCUUUGCCCGCGGCUGCAACUGCAUCCGCUCUCGCUGCCUUAAGCGCUACUGUGACUGCUACCAAGCCGAGUCGUUUUGCUCGUCGGCCUGCGGGUGCAUCGAUUGCGGCAACACGCCCGCCAAUGCCCAGGAGGAUGUGGCCAACUUUAUGAAGGAGCAGAACCCGGACACGGUGCUGCGGCAGCUGCGCGAGGACUACUCCAAGUACAAGUUUAUGGAGAGCAAGCUGAUGCAGAACCGGAGCAUGCUCAAGACCAAGAUUCCGGACAUCAAGAAUUGCAUCGACAUGGUGGCGUAUCUGCAGAAGGCGCGGGACGAGGGAACGACUGUCGAGACGCAGUAUCCGCUGUCGGACAACGUGUACGCCAACGCGGCCAUCGAGAACCCGCAGACGGUGUGCCUCUUCCUUGGCGCGGGCGUGCUGAUGGAGUACGAGCUCGACGAGGCGGCAGAACUGCUGGCGCGCAACCUGGAGACCGCGCAGAACUCGCUCGACUCGCUGCAGAACGACAUCGGCUUCCUCAAGGACCAGAUCACCAUCACGGAGGUCAACACGGCCCGGGUGUACAACUUUGACGUCAUCCGCCGCCGCAAGGCCGCCGCCGACGGCACCACGCUCGAGGAGAACGUGCAGUAG